AAACGCCUAGCAUUUGAUCCUUCGCCCAAAAGUAAACAACAGUGGAGUACUAGUCUAUCCAGUCCACUACCACCACAUCACAAGAGAACAAAAACGUUCAUGUCGGCUUGAGCAGCAGCUGCACAUGCGAGAGAUGCGACGACAACGACGACUCGACCACCACACCACCACCAUUCCUUACCCCCUUUCCAAGCACAUUCCGCCCGCCGCCGCGCCCCUAUAAAUCCACGGCGCGCCAAGUGCCAAAGCCUCCACAUCUUUCCAUAUCCAUAUCCACCCAUAUCACAUCUCUGAUCAAUCCUUCUGCGUGUUCGUGAAUUGGGAAAUUAAUUUGGUUUUGAGACAAAUGGAGGCGACGUCGUCGUCGUCGUCGUUGUUGAACGGGCUGAACUCCGGCGUGGUGCUGAGCCUGAUCGCGGUGCUGUGGACGGUGGUGUGGCAGAAUCUGCAGCGGCUGCAGCUGCAGACGCUGGUGGGGCGGCACAUGAACCGGCACGCGCGGCGGCUGGCGGCGCUCGUCGACCCGUACCUGUCGGUCACCAUCCACGAGUACGAGGGCGGCAGGAUGAAGCGGAGCGCGGCGUACGAGGAGGUCAAGGCCUACCUCAGCGCGUCGUCGGCGCGCGACGUGCGCCACCUCCGCGCCGAGGGCGCCAAGGACGCCGACAAGCUCGUCCUCAGCAUGGUCGACGGCGAGGAGGUCUCCGACGUCGUCGCCGCCGACGACAGCACCGACGUCACCGUCUGGUGGUGCGCGUACUCCACGCCGCCGCCGCGCACCGAUGGAGGCGGGUACUACGGCUGGGGCGGCGGCGGCCGCGCGCAGGAGAAUCGCCGGUACUACCGCCUCUUCUUCCUCGACCGCCACCGCGAGCUCGUCAUCAACACCUACCUCCCGAGCAUCCGCCGCCAGGGCCGCGCCGUCAUGGUGCAGAACCGGCAGCGGAAGCUCUUCACCAACAUCUCCACGCACAACUGGAGCGACGUCGACGGCCUCGUCCGGUCGGCGUGGAGCCACGUCGUGUUCGAGCACCCCAAGACGUUCGACACGCUCGCCAUGGACCCGGCCAAGAAGAAGGAGAUCAUGGACGACCUCGACAUGUUCAAGAACGGCAAGGACUACUACGCCCGCGUCGGGAAGGCGUGGAAGCGCGGCUACCUCCUGCACGGCCCGCCGGGCACCGGCAAAUCCGCCAUGAUCGCCGCCAUGGCCAACUACCUCGACUACGACAUCUACGACAUCGAGCUCACCUCCGUCCACUCCAACACCGACCUCCGCAAGCUCUUCAUCGAGACGACGAGCAAGUCCAUCAUCGUCAUCGAGGACAUCGACUGCUCGCUCGACCUCACCGGCGCGCGCAAGAAGAAGAAGGAGGCGGCCGACGACGACGACGGCGGCAGCAAGGACGGCGGCGCGCCGCCCAAGCCGGACAUGAAGAAGGACGCAAGCAGCAAGGUCACCCUCUCCGGCCUCCUCAACUUCAUCGACGGCCUCUGGUCGGCGUGCGGCGGCGAGCGGCUCAUCGUGUUCACCACCAACCACGUCAAGAAGCUGGACCCGGCGCUGAUCCGGCGAGGCCGGAUGGACAAGCACAUCGAGAUGUCCUACUGCUGCUUCGAGGCCUUCAAGUUCUUGGCCAAGACAUACCUCGACGUCGACUCCCACCGCCUGUUCGCCGCCGUCGACGAGCUCCUGUCGGAGGUGGACAUGACGCCGGCGGACGUCGCCGAGAACCUGACGCCCAAGAGCUUGGACGACAAUGCCGACACGUGCCUCGCAGCAUUAGUGAAGGAGCUCGAGAAGGCCAAGGAGAAUAAAUCAAAAGGAAAAAAUGCUCAUGGCGAAGACAAAGACGAAGACGAAGACGAAGAAGAUGACGAUGUAGAAGUGGUCGGGAAGGAUAAGUAGCUAGCCGCCAUUGGCGCCUUGCUGGAGUGGUUGCUAGCUUCUCGUUUUUUCUAGUCCACGUAGCUUAUGAUCACAGUAAUAGACUAAGUUUUUUUAAGAAAAUUAUUUUCAUUGUGGAAUAAUUUGACCACAUGUUGUGCUAAAUAAUUUGACUCGAUUUUCUUAGUGAACUGACAAUCUGCUUAAUUUGAAUGUUAAAUUCUCUCA